CAGCAGCGCUAUACUCUGAGAAGGCCUUCAAGACUAAUAAAGGUAAUAUGAAGAUAAGAGUUUUAUAUCCCACUUUUUGUUGUUUUUGGGCAGAUGCAAAUGACACAUGGCAAGCCAUAACCUUUUUUUAUGUUAAUUUAUGUAGGGUAGACCAGUGAUUCCCAACCAGGGAGGGGUACGCAUACCCCUAGUGGUACGGGGCAAGUUGCGGGGGUACAUAUUUUUUAGAACAGUGGCCAGUAAUAUUUACUUAACUGCAGAGAGUAGCAGAUGUUUGAGGAAAACAGCAAUACAUUUAUAGAGGAGGCCUUUAUUUUAUGGCUUUCAAAAUUUCUCCUCCAUCCAGCGCGACACUUUCAGCUUUACAGAUGCCAUGUCUGCUGUGCAGGCUGCAUGUACUGAGGUAAUUACAGCCAUCUUGCGGUAUUAAUUCAUUCAAAUAGACCAUUAAUUGAGUCAUGGCAUCUAUUAAGAGUGGAGGCCACCAGUUGAACAAAUGCAAUGACUGUCUAUACUCCAAGUAAUAAUAUAUAAGUAUAGUCAAAUCUGUGACAGAAGUGCAGCAAAUAUUUUAUUACAUAUAAAAAGAUAAACAAAAGCGAGCAUUUGUGAACAAAUUCACCUGUAACCGCACACCUAGGCAACUUCAAGGCAUAAAUAAAAUGUUUUCUACUGAAGAUGGAGUGUUUUGUUUUUCCUUAUUCAGGUGGUUUGUGCAGUGAGGCAUGAUGAGAGGCGAGAGGAGUAUGCACAGGCCCCACUUGCUAGACAGUAAACCUCCAUAUCUUAAAAAGAAUAAGUCACUAGUGUAAACAAAUAUUCCUUGACCUCUCCUCUCCCUUCACAGAAGACUUGGAUUGUUACAUCAUCUGCAGAUGUAUUCCUAUUUUUCAGCUUUAGAGCAAUGACCAUGACAAAUGGACAUGUUCACCUCCGUAGUGAUGUGUUAAGAUAAGUACACAUAGCCAAGUCUGUUGGCUAACUCCUGAUUGUCUCUAGCCAGAGCAGAACAUUACAAAGUGUUGUCUUGUAAAGGCCCAGUCCGAAGAAGGUCAGUGGAAGGCAACCACGGAAGAAGGGAUGCUCCUCUCACGAGUCCUUCACCUUGUCCAGGGAGCUGUGGAUCUUAUCCAGGGUCUUUUUGAUGCGUAGCGCUGUCAGCCUGGCUGAUGGGUUCUGGUACCAACACUCCUUCAUCAGCUUCACCAAAGCAGAGAGUGUCUGAGAGGAGAAGAAGAGGACAAGUUAAGACUGUGCAGGAAUACGCUGAUGAUACAGAGGGGAUGAGCCAACGACAUACUGGGUCAGAGAACCAGCGAUUGGGGAUAAAAGGCCUCUGCUGUUCCACACACACCACCUUCCUCAUCUCCUCAAAACUUGGGUCAUUUGGUACCAGAUCAUAGAAUGGAGGCUUGUAGUCUUCUACGAUACCUGCACAGACGAAUUGAGGGAAUUUAUCAGGGCCUACAGAUUCAGGAGGUCCUAAAAGCCUAUAGACUUACCGUUGCUGUACGUACGCCUCGCUAUCUCCCACAGCACCAGCCCGAAGGCCCAGAUGUCCACUCUCUUGAAGGCGUCAAAGCAGUCUGUCUGUAUGCUCUCGUCCAGGACCUCGGGUGCCAUGUAGCGCUUGGUGCCCACUUUGGGGUUGUUGCCCACAUCCAGCAGGUUGUCUGCCUGCGAGUGGGUCACCGCCAGCCCUGGAAAAACACACCAGCAGUGAAUCACAGCCCAGUUUCUACCACACAGUGCAGUCUGGUAAGCAUUGUUUGGUGUUUCCUUUGUGCAAAGUUGAAGAAGGCACUUUUAUAACCAUUACUGUACCAAAUACACAACCCUAAAGGGUGGAGCUCGGCUGUUGAUUGGUUGAGACUUGUUCAGUGCCAUUAAAAAAAAAAAAAAAAAAAAAAAAAAAUAGUGUCAGCACACCUCACGUGUGUUUUCCUACUGUUCCAAACUGCACUUGUUGUAAAAGUAUUCUCUUACCAAGGUCGGCGAUGCAGCAGCGCAGCUCCUUGGUCACCAGGAUGUUCUUGCUCUUCAGGUCCCGGUGUGCGAUGGCCGGCUUACCCUCUGUGCCAAAGAUCUCUGUGUGCAGAUGCACCAGGCCACUGGCGAUGGACGCCCCCAUGGCCAAGCCCUCCGACGGCUCCACAGCGACCCGCUGCAAGUAGUCGUACAGGGAGCCGUUUUCAUGGUAGUGAGUGAUGAGCCACAGCUGGGUGCUGGAGUUGCGCGAAGUCAUGUCAGACGCCAUGAAGCCUGCAAGGAGUCACGAGCACUGUGUUGUAGAUCUCAGUCUCUCGGAACCAGGACUUUUCAUCCCUCGAGGAGAAGAUUUUGACGGCCACAUUCUCGCCCUGCCACUGGCCUCGCCACACCUCACCGUACCUCCCCUUGCCUUGGAGGGACACACAGAAGAACCCGAAAUGGAGAUGCAAAAACGCCACAGGAAGGCCAACACAGGUAUUGUAAGAAAAAUACCAUACGGGCCAAAAGUUUAAACAUACCUUCCCAUUUAAUAACAUGAGAAUGCGUUCCAAACUUUUGAGUGGUACUGUAUAUAAGCAUGUGGCAGUACAAUUCCCAACUCUUAGAUCAUUUUAACCAAUGAGGCUGAGAAACCAAUGAGGCAACUAACGGGCUUCCAAUUGGCUCCCAUCGACGCAAACCGGCCCCUGCCGGCACUUUGAAAUGAGCGACGGCUCUUAGAGCCAAAUCGUUCACGACCAACACAUCGCUAAUAGUUAGUGUAAAUGCAGCUGGACUCAUUCAUUUUGCUUUAGAUUUACAAUGCUGCCCAACUUACCUACACACUCCACCAGACUGAUCUGCCGAGCAACAGUCCUCUGGACCAGGAAUGGAAGACCUGAACCACUCCCCGAUGUGCACGAGUGAUCCAGCAAGUCCUAAAAGGAGCAGACAAACCCACUUUAGUCCUCUCAAUGCAAGUUCAAAGAGAUGUCCUGUUCCUCUUACCGCUAAAGUGCUGUCCCCCACAUUGGAGGUGAUGAGGCCCUCGACGGCCCCCUGCUCAGUGUCGAACUCCUGCAGCCUCUGCAGGCGGCCGUGGUGGAGCCUCCUGCAGGCCAGCGCCAAUGCCACUGACAUCAGAGCCAGAACCACAAUGGGACCCACCACGAAGAGAACCAGCAUCCCGACGCCGUACCCGACCGGCUCUUCCUGCGGGGCUACACAUUGGAUAAUUCGCAGUGAAGAAAAAGUCCAACAAGUGAUCUUGGAUGAACUAUUUCUGUCACUGCACCUGAAGGCAGCAGAGCCAUCACAGAGCUCCUUGUCGUGUUGAGGUUGCACAUGUCAUGGGAGCAGCAUGAAAUGGCCUGGUGGGAGGAAGGCUGUGUGGAGCAGUGUAAGCGCGUUUUCUUGGGGCCCUCCAGGCAGCCCCGCUCAAAUACCACGCCGUUGGAGCCCACCCGCACUGAGGAGAAGCAGCGCGUACCCUGGCACUGGUCCUGGAGGCAUUUCGUACUGUCGCACAGGCACACGAGCUGCCCAUCUGUGGAGGGAGACCACAAGAUGUUCACUGUACACACUUGAUGCUUUGCUAUGUUUGUGUCAUGGACACAACAAAAAGACGUUAAACAUGGGAGAGGACAACUGGUACAGUACCUGAGCCCUCAGCUGAUGUUUGGAAGGCCCACUUGAAAAGCAGCAGCAGCAGGACGUGGAGACUCCUCCAAGCCAUGUCUCAGUGCACUGGUGGAAAACUGUAAGAGUAGCAGAUAAUUACAUUUACGCACACCCCGCCCCCGAUGUUUGCUAACAUUUCCAAAUUGCAUUGUCAAACAUUACCACACACCCUCUACUGUGAUAUGCAGUUAUCUUACCAAUUAACUUAGCGCCAACAUGCAUGCAUAUUUAAAGCACCCCCCCAGGUCAGAGGUUAUUUGUUUUGUGUAGCCGAGGGGGGUGCAUUAACAAGAAGGUUUAUUGGCCGAAUACCGCCGUCUCGGAGGCGCCAGUCAAGAGCAGAAAGAUGCUGCUGUUAGCCUAGCCUGGCAUGCUAAACUAGCUACAGUACCAAACAAAGCUCAGCCACAAGACUAGCAAAAGUAAGCGACCCGAAAACUUUAAACUUACCCGGCACACACGGGUGACGCCUUCUACCUCAUCCCGUUAUGUGUACGUCUCCUUGGAUUCGGUUAAAUGUGUGCUUUUUUUUUUUACUGGAAAUUAGCGAUGGCAGCCACCAAAGAGGGGCCCAGCCCAGCCCACCAACUCGCUUGUUUUUGUUCCAGACUAACGUGACGUCACCAAAACGUUAGCAUCGCGGUGCACUGUGGGAUCGGCGUUGCCAGAUGGGUGUGUUAGAAUCCUUAUACAUCUUUAAGAUCUACCAUGAAUUUAAAUCUACAUCAGCUCGGACGUUUUCGUAACUGAACCAAAACAAUGCUUGAAUGGAAGGAAAAUUAUAUAUAUAUAUAUUUCAAUGAAGAAAAAAAUACAAAUAAAAUUAAAUCGCCUAUGUCCCCGGUUUCCAAAGUGGGGUAGGUGUAUCCAGAGGGGUUCACCAGUUGUGAUGGGGGUACGUGAAUAAAAACGACAAUUGGCGCGGAACACUCACAAUUCCGAGUGUGCCUGAACGCCUCACUGCAAGAAGAACAGCGCAGAAAGGAGCCACAGAAUGAAGUUGGUCAUUGCUGUGUGCAUUAUAUGAACAAAUAAAAGGACUAUCCCAAGUCUCCCAACCAGAGUGGACAUGGAGCUUUUAGGGAGAACUUCAGCUUUCCUGCUCUUCUCGCAUCUUCUCUCCGUCCACUGCGUCUCCCAUCAAAAAGCAACAGUGUCAUGGUGUGUGAUAUCGGAUGCGGAGGAACAGAAGUGCAUGGAUCUGGCCGGGAACGCCACAGCUCGGAAUGUCAGAGGGAACUUGCAAUGCGUUCGAGGGCUGAACACCAGAGACUGCAUGGAGAAAAUUAAAAAUGGGAGCGCAGAUGCAGCCUCCAUGUUUGCAGAUGACGUCUACGCUGCAGGUCUGUGUCACGGCCUGGAGGUAUCAGCAGGGGAGUCCCUCAAUGGAGUGGAUGGCAUCAGCUACUACGUGGUGGCGCUGGCCCGGCGCUCAUCAUCCGAUUUGUCCCUGCUGGAGAUGCAUGAACGCAGCUCCUGCCACCCCGGCAUGCGCACCACCGUGGGCUGGACCGUUCCCAUCGGCUACCUGGUCAACACCUCGCAGAUCAGCGUUGGGGAGCAGUGCAACUUCCCUCGCUUGGUGGGCAACUUCUUUGGUUACAGCUGCGUACCUGGCAUCAAGGACCCCCAGCACGACCCCAGGGGCAACAACCCCAAGAACCUGUGCGAGGCCUGCAUAGGCGACGAGAAUGACAGACACAUCUGCGCCAGCAACCCCCGAGAGCGACACUACGGCGAGGCGGGGGCCCUGAGGUGUGUGGCUGAGAACCUCGGCGACGUGGCUUUUGUCAAGCACACGACUGUCUUUGACAACCUGGACGGCAGGAACCAGGAAUCGUGGGCCCUGGAUCUGGAAGUGGAGGACCUGAAGCUGCUGUGUCCCGAUGGCACGGAAGCUGAUCUAGAGGAGUACGAACGCUGCCACCUGGCCGCCGUUCCCGCCAACGCCGUGGUGGUGCGCAUGGAGGACAAAUGUCGCGUCUGGAAAUAUUUGGAACGCCUUCAGAACAUCUUUGGCAACGCCACCGAGGGCUUCAGCCUGUUCAGCUCUGCAGGAUAUCCCGACUCUGACGUGCUGUUCACAGACUCCACCCACCACCUGCUGAGGGUCCUGGGGGGCUUCCCCUCCUGGCUGGGCCACUCUUACACCAGCACACUGCAGGCCUUUGAGUGUCAAGGCUUCUGCUGAUGAAACCGGGAGGCAGACAUCUCACAUCCACUCCCACUUGCUACUCCCUCUGAUCGCCCGACACUUUUUCUUUCCUAAUGUCCUUGUUGUGGUCUCCAUUUAGAACUUCCAAAGUGCCGCCUGUCAGGGUGGAGCUCUCUUAAGAGGGGCUAAUCUGCUCAAACGGCUAUAAAAUGUCCCUGAAACGCAGUGUGUGGAUUUAGGAAGGGCAACGCAAGAAAGGACGGGAAGUAAGAGUAUAGGAAAAAAAGGAUACAAUAGAAGUGCAUUGAAGUUUUUACAAAUAAAAAGUGUGUUUCAUAAGGAUUUUCUACACCAUCUGCACUUGCUGUUGUUUUGUGUUCCUUUUGGAUUAUCGUUUCAUGUUCCCGCCCCCAGGGUACAUCUCUGGCACUGAACCAGUGGGUGCUAUUCAUUGCAACACUUACAUAUGUACACAUGAUUAUAGGAUUGUGUGUGUGUGUGUGUGUGGGAGACCUGUCCUAAUUGGCAGUGUGAUGUUUUUAAAAGAAUCCAGUUAUGUUUUGACAAAUCUCUAUCCUAAAAUGUUGGAAAUGCAGCUAUUAGAGGAACGAACCAGAGGAUGAAAGAUUCUUGAUUCAAAUUUUAAAAAAAGAAGAAAAAAUGACAAGAAAAAAAUGUGUCCUAUUACAAAUAAUUAUUCUCAAAUACUAAAAAUAUUAAAUAAACCAUUUUAUUGCUGACAAAAUCCUGUUUUUUUUUUUUUCUUGUUUAUUCACAGUGGCAGCGUUUCUUUGUUUUCA